UAUUGGCAAAUCACACCUGGUUUGGAGUGAAAUCGACGAUUGCCAAUUUUUUUUUUUCAAAAUUUUAGGAAAUUGAAAAUGACUUUAAUGAUCUUCUACCGGUAGUUUUUUCCAACAUAGCUGCAAAUUGGAUAGUUUAAUAAUUCCAGGGCUGGAAAUCACAACUCCCCAAACCUUGGGUGCGAAAUUAUCUACUAGCGUUACGACUCUAGUAUAGUAACAAAAUUUCCAACUUUGAACUUUGGAAGCUGUUGCUGUUGAGAUCCUUCGGACUAGAUCCAUCGAACAACCUGUCUACAACAAAGAGGAUAACCCUGUUUUGAUCUCCACCACACAACCCAUGAAUGAGAAAAGUCAUGUUCGGAAUCAACACUUUCACUUAAUAGAAAGCCACAAACAUCGAAACAAAGCACAAAAACGAAGGCAUAAGCAGCUUCAAUGGGAACCGUUUUGGACUCCCAUUUCUUGGCUCUCACUGCCAUCGUCACUGUGGGUUAUCAGUUUCUUUUCUUUGUGAUCACUGCCCUUCUUAAGUUUGAUAAAGUCACUGAUUUUGCUGGAAGCACGAAUUUUAUUAUAAUAGCUGUGUUGACUCUGGUUCUCAAAGGGACUUAUCAUUUUAGACAGGUAGUCUUGACAUUGCUGGUAGUAGUAUGGGGUCUUCGUCUAGGUCUCUUUCUUUUAAUGAGAAUUCUGCAGUGGGGUGAGGAUCGACGCUUUGAUGAAAUGCGUGAUAAUUUGGGGAAAUUAGCUAUUUUCUGGAUAUUUCAGGCUGUGUGGGUGUGGACUGUGAGUUUACCAUUAACAGUGGUCAAUGCAAGUGAUAGAGAUCCAUCUCUUCAAGCAGUGGAUAUAAUUGGGUGGAUUAUGUGGUCUGUGGGUGCUUUUGUUGAAGCUUCCUCUGAUCAGCAAAAACUAGCUUUCAAAAAAUCUCCACAAAACAGAGGGAAGUGGUGUGAUGUUGGAUUUUGGAAGUAUUCUCGUCAUCCAAACUAUUUUGGUGAGAUUUUCCUAUGGUGGGGAAUUUUCAUUGCUUCCACGCCUGUACUGGAAGGUGCAGAUUGGCUAGUAAUAAUUGGGCCAAUCUUUCUCACAUUGUUGCUUCUUUUUGUCAGUGGCAUACCAUUGCUUGAGGAAUCAGCAGACAAGAAGUAUGGCAAUGUGGCUGCAUACAGAGUGUAUAAGAAGGCGACAAGCCCUCUUAUUCCAUUGCCCCCAGUAGCAUACAGUAACUUGCCUUCAUGGUUCAAGGAAACUUUUCUCUUUGAAUUUCCUUUGUACAACCGCAAUCUUCCACAAGACGAGCCACACUGGUAUAGAACAAACAAAGAAGAAAGAAGUGAAGGAUUGAAAAUGGGUUAGGUCUUGUUUAUACUCUUUCUGGGACAAACAAGUUUCAGAUAUAACUACAAUAAUACUUUGCUCAUUGUUCAUCCAAAUAUUUUUUUAUGGUUGUAAUAUUUCGUCUUGUAAUUUGCUUUGCUAAGAUCUGGUUAAGGCUUCAAAUCUUUAAUGGAAUCAUUUUCCUUUUUUUGUA